AUGCCCGGCAAAGAAGCUUUAACGAGCAACCUUCAAACGUUUUGCUAUGGUAACUUUGAAACCCAAACGCCCGUUUCGAGGAAAACAACCGGGUAUUUGAACUCCAUUAGAUUCUUAAUCUUUCAGUGCGUUCAAAACUGCAAUGCCGAUGUUCUGCAAGAUGCUGUGGCCGAGGGCAUGUAUGUUAAGAAGUGGUGUCCAAUACGACUUUCUCCAUUUUGCGAGUCAAUAACACGAAAUUACCUCUCUCUAAAUAUCAAUCUGCUUAAGAACAUCAUCUUCAAAGUUGGCCGUAGUGGGGCAUAUCCAAUGGACCAGGGUAGGCUUGGCCUGCCCUGCACGGACUGA